CAAGAGCGGCGUGCUGUGAGUAUUUGUGUUUGUCUGUCAGAUCUCCGUGCAGUGCGCUCCGAGGCAGACCUCCCUGCUUCACAUUGCGUCAGUGUUUUGGAGAGUAACCUGUCCGUGGAAGAAGCAUGAAAACUGGGAUUCAGCAGCUCACAGGACGGGUGAGCUGAAGGGCCAUCAGCAGGCGACCAUGUGCAGCUCGCUGAGCCCAAAGCAGCUCUGCGGUCCGGGGCUGACAGACAUGCACCAGUACCACCAGUGGCUCUCCAGUCGACAUGAAGCCAGCCUGCUGCCCAUGAAGGAAGACCUCGCCCUGUGGCUCAGCAACAUUCUUGGUCUGGAAAUCACCGCUGAGAGCUUCAUGGAUCGGUUAGACAAUGGCUUCCUGUUGUGCCAGCUGGCUGAGACGCUGCAGGAGAAGUUCAGGCAGAGUAAUGGAGACCUGCCUGAGCCUGGCAACAGCAAGAAAAAAAUCCCUAAUCGGAGGAUACCAUGCCGGCAGAGCGCUCCCUCCGGUUCGUUCUUUGCUCGGGACAACACAGCCAACUUCCUGGCCUGGUGCCGUGAGGUCGGAGUGGGUGAAACAUGUCUCUUUGAGUCUGAGGGCUUAGUUCUGCAUAAGCAGCCGCGAGAGGUGUGCCUCUGUCUACUCGAGUUGGGUCGGAUAUCAUCACGCUACAAUGUGGAACCUCCAGGCCUUAUAAAACUGGAGAAAGAGAUCGAACAAGAAGAAAGGGCACCUCUACCUCCCCCAUCGCCCAUAUCCCCGGCUCCGCCUGUCCCUUCAUCCCCUUCUUCUUCCCCGUCCCCGUCUUCUUCACCGACACCGACUUCAACUCCGACUACGACCAAAGUCACUUCGUCCAAGAAGAGCGCAGGCAAGCUCCUGGAUGAUGCUGUGAGACAUAUCGCUAACGAUCCACCCUGCAGGUGUGCAAAUAAGUUCUGCGUGGAAAGACAUUCACAGGGUCGAUACCGUGUUGGGGAGAAGAUGCUCUUUAUACGGAUGCUGCACAACAAGCAUGUGAUGGUGCGGGUCGGCGGAGGCUGGGAGACGUUCGAGAGCUACCUGCUCAAACACGACCCCUGCCGCAUGCUGCAGAUUUCCAGAGUGGAGGGAAAGAUCUCCCCCAUCAGCACCAACUCCCCCAAUAUCAAAGACCUCGCCCCGGACAGCUACCUGGUGGUGGCGGCCCACUACCGCAGCAAGAAGUGAAACCCCACAGCAGAGUGGUUCUGGUCACAAAUGGACAGGGUGUAUGUGUGACUGUAAGUCCACACAAAUAAUGGGGCUUUGCUAUGCAAACACAGAAAGAACCGACUUGUUAAAUAAUGAUUUAUUUAGGGGGGCAAAAAAAAAAAAUAGAAAUUAUGGUUCGUAUAGUUUUCAGUUUAAUUUUGUGCUUCAUCUUAUUUUCUUUAGCGUAGAAAAUCCUCAUCCUUUAUUUUGUUGACAAUUACAGUGUAGGGGGUCUAACAGGAGUUUAGCAGGGAAGUUGUAGAUGUUUGUGACAUUUGGUUUUAAUCGUUAGUUGUACUUGAAGCAAGAGUGAGUAUUCAGACAUCCUAUGUAAAUCUAUUAGUCUACAUGCAAAAGUAAACAUCUUUUCAUGUAAACCAGAGACGGAUUCAUCAGCACCUUUGUGAAACUAACAUCUUGUCAUGUAAUACCGUUUUAACACAGUAGGCAGGAGAUAUUCCACAAGUAUCCAUAUUUUGAUGUUUCCAACUGAUUUUAACUUUGUACUAUCCAAAGCUUUAGAUUUUGUCUUUGCAUAAUAGAAAACAUUUCUCUAAAAUCCUAUUUCUUUCAAUAGAUUUCUGAUCUGGUUAAAUGUGAGCAGUGUUUGCACGACAUGCAACAUUCCCACUUUAAGCUGAUUUAAUGUCUGAAGUGUGCCAUAAUCUUCCUUUCAACAACACAAUCUCACGCAGAACUGAACCAGAGGGUUUUUUGACUUAUGAAGCUUCUUGUGUUUUUCUUUUUGCGUAGAGUUACUGACCUCUAGUGGAAUAACAGAGAUCAACAUGAAAAUAAUAUGACUUUUGGUUUGGAGUCUCACAAUAACAGACAGUACCUGUAUCAAAGCUGAGCUCAUUGAGAUAUGUGACUUUUUAUAGAAUAUUAUGUUGGUUUUGUACUAAGAAUAAUGAUUAAAAACCACCAAGUUUCUUGGAAGUGAAAAUCUUUUUUUUAAGUAAACUGUAAAAGACUCAUUCUUUGUGACAACCUUCUCUUAUUUCCAAAUAUCAAAAUCCUUGAACAAGCUUCGCAAUUAAAACACCUGUAAAUGUUCAUCUGAUGCCCUGCAGACGCAAAGCCAGAAGUUGUCAUUAUGUGUUGUGAAGUAAAACCAAAAAUGAGCAUCUGGAGUCCAAACACAUAACAGAAAUGUGCUUUAUUAACUGUAGCAACACCAUUGGCUAUACUCUUUCUCCUACAAAAUGGCAAGAGCACCAGAAGCUUUUGAGGAUCAUGCAGUUUUAAGAAAAGAUCUCAGUUAAGUUAAGCACUUUGAAGAAUAUUCACUACAUUGUCAUCCAGCACCAUAUGUGAGAGUACAAAGGCAAAGCUGCAGUCUCCAAAAAACUGUGAAAGAAGAAAAUAAAUUACUGAAGAAU